UGAAGGGUUGAUAUUUCACCAUGGGGUUGUAGUUAUCAGAUUUCAUUUAAUGGUUUAUGUGAGAAACAAUAAAUAAUAGAAGAUCCUUCGCUUUUAAUAAAAAAAAAAAACACCUAAUGACAAGGAGGGCUGUGAAAACAAUACCUAUCGACAAAACGUAACGACAACAGCAAUAAGAGGAUAAGGGACUAUGGCUGAUCGAAGCUGUAGGGAGCUAUCAUCCUGGUUUUUGGAGCGUAAGGUGAUAGGCGAUCGCAUAAGACUUUAUAUCGGUGUCACCGCAGUUGGACGACAACCGGGAUCUGCUCUUUGUAUUUUAGAUUCUCAUUAUGUAUCACGCAAGCACGCUGAAAUCACUGUGGAUAGUGAUGAGAAAAUUGUACUUAAAGAUUUGAAUUCGAUAAAUGGUACAUUUGUGAAUGGAAAUAAAGUUCAGAACAGCGAGAUCGCAUUAAAAGCAAAUGAUUGCAUUGGUGUAGGUGUAACGGAUGAUUCAGAACCGAAUCUCAAGCAUCCGAUAUAUAAACUAAUAUAUGCGCCAUUGCCUAAAGUAACAUCUGUUUUCAAAGAACCGAUAAGAAUUGAAGAAACCCAGGUCAUAGUUUUAGAUGCCGAUUCAACAACAGAAAAUUCAAAAAACUCACAAGAUGUUAAAAGAGACGAAUCUAAGUGCUGUUCAACAUCCAAUUCCGUAGCGGAAGCAUCAUCUACAUCAUUGUUACCCAGUGUUAUGUCAGCACCAGCGGCAAGCAGCACAAUAUUAGAUAUAACAUCCUUGUCAAAUGUUGGAAAAUCCAAUGAAAAUUUAAAAGCUUCUACGCCGUUGUCCAAAGUACCGACACUCUUUGCUGGUGAUGUAAUUGUUUUGAGCGACGACGAGGAGGAUAAUUCUAUACAUAUUAAGGAAGAAAAAACAUCGUUUGAGGAAAAUUCUAAUGGCAUAAAGUGUAAAGAAACAGUUGACGAAAAUAUUUCUAAUAAACCAAAUCUGGUGCUUGCUAGUUCUUCAAAUAAACCGACGUCUUCAUCUUCUGGUUCAUCUACUGACAAUGACCCUUCCACUCGACCAGCGAAUGAUAAUGCUGUCAUACAUGAGCCAAUAAUACCUGAUGUGAAACGUGAGAUGGUGAAUUCAUGUUUCGAGAACGUGGUGGAAAUAUUUGGUGGCCCCGAUGAGGUUAUUCUGCAGAGUGUAAAAGCCAUUAACCCUUUGGUAUACAAAAAACUGAAUGAUGGUAAAGCGACAAAUAAACCACUUUGCAAUGGAGAUUCUAUUGACUUACUAAGUGAUAAUGAGGACGACGAAAACAAUAUUGCACAAAAUGUGGAGUGCUUUGGUAAACUAAUGCCGGCCGAUACAAAAGAAACACCUAAAACUAAUAACACAAAUAACUCAGAGAGUGAUAUUGAAGAAGUGAAACAGGCUGAUAAUAACAAAUGCCAAAGAGGUGCAAAAAGUCCAAGUUUGUUUGAUAAUUCGCUAAAUAGCUCUAAAAAUUCAGUGGAUGAACAAAGGAGUGCGAGUGUUGGUGAAAAAAAUGCGGAAAAGCACCCGGAAGAUUCUGUAAAUAAUACAGAUGAAUUGGCUGCUUUUGUUGACAUGGACGAUGAUGUGUUAUUCUCACAAAUCUUAAUAGACGACAUCAAAUCUGAAAUGAUUGCUGACAAUAAUGAAGACGAAUUGGCUGUUGACGACGAUCCAGCAUACGAUGCCUUUAAAGAUAUUUGUCCAGAUGGUUUUACAAAUAUACAGGUGAAGAAAGAGCCCAUUGAUGACGAUACGACCAAUUCGGUGUCAGCAAAAGGUAAGACCAAAACCAACGAUAUAGAAAAUGACGUAUGGAUCACCAUAGAUGAUGAUGACGAGUAUUACGAUGAAGAGCUCGAGAAUAAAGUUUCCGAUUGGAGUACGAAAUUGUUGUCACAAAAAAUGAAUAUGUCACAGGUGUUUGAUUUUCAACGUGAUAAGGCAGACGAUGCGGACAAAAACCAUGAAGACAGUGGGGAGGAGUCGCCCGGCCUACCGUAUGGUAGCGAAGAGCUUGAUGAUUUUUUCAAUGAAGAACUUGUAGACGAUGUAAUUGCGACAUUAGCUAAAAAGAAUGGUGAAAUAAAAACCGAGGUUAAACCGUCAAAGUUGGAAAGGCGCAUGACGUACUUGGGUGAGAGUAAUUUUGAUGCUGGAAGCUGCAAAGACUUUGUAAAGCAACAAAAGAAACCCGAACAACUGAAGAAACCACAGUUAGAACGCAAAUCAAGUGGUGAAACAACUCCCGAUCCAACAAAUGCAAAAGCCAGUACAAGUAGUAAAAGUGCGCAACGCAUUGAACGAGCCUCCAGCACUGAUGGCAAAGAGAAGGAGAAAAAUAGCAGAAAUGGCGUGAGUAAACCAGUUAAACGCUUGCAUCAUCCACCAUCUCUAAUCGAUGCGCCUUGCUUGCCCAUACACAAGGGUAAGCACCGAGGUGUCUCUGCAGAAACACGUCCCACAACGCCAAAGGCAAUACACAAAAAAGUGCAAGCGAUCAAAGGACAACUGCAUGAUGAGCGUUAUAGAGACGAGUUAAAGAGAAAGUGGCUUGAGAAGCCCAGUGAUGAGCGACGUAGAGAGUGUGAGAAGAAACGCAAGAUAAAGGAAUCACGCAAGGAAAAAUUAAAAGAACUUGCGGACAAACAUGUAGCAGAUGCCACAAAGGAAUUGCUGAAACGAAAACACACCGCUGAACUUGAGGGUGUGGAGAAGAAGAAGGCCAAAGUGAAAGUGACCACCACCAAUCGUGGUGCGUUUCUUGCGGAGGAUAUUAAAAAAGUUAGCGAUACGUAUAGAAUACCGAAAACAAAGCGAUCGUGUCGCGAUGCAACGACACCUACCACAGAUUCCACACCAAGCUCAACGGCAACAAUUUCCAAAUCAAACCAAACAACAAAUCACACAACAAUUGUAGACACUUUUGCGCAGGAGAUGUGUAAGGUGGAUAAAAUUAUUCAGCGUCGUUUAUCGUGUACUGGUAACGUUAAACCGGUGUCACGUUCCUGUUCUCUUGAUGAGACUAAAAAUGCCACGUCCACAACAGCAGAAGCGAAAGCACUCAUGGCACCAGUGCGUAAUAAAAGUAAUAAAAUUACAUUCGCUUCAAUGCAGAAGAAUUUCACAGAAUCUCGAAACAAUCAAAAAUUAUUGCAAAAAAUUUCAAAUCAUCGCUCUUGCCUAAUCGAUGUGGUACAUCGUAAUGCCAAUGUGGAGCGUCAAAAGAAGCGUGUACGCUUCAAUGAAACACCCGUCGUACACUAUAUUGAACGUGUUAGUGGCGCGAAUAAACGUGUGGAUUGUAAAGAUAUACUGCCGAGUCCAACUUGUGCGGAUCGUGCGCAAAUGGUACGUCAAACGUACGCGAUGAUCGAUAAGACCGCACAAAUAAUAUCGCAAAUAUUGGGUUGGAGCAAUGAGUGGCUGAUAAAUCGUAAUGCGCAAGUGGAUGCGGCCAGUGAUAUUUUAUUGCCGAUGCCGAAUCAAUUUAGCUCGUUCAAUCACUACAAGAGCAUAAUUAUACCCUUGAUGAAAUUAGAAUUUAUCAGUAUGCUUGAACGCGAUAAUACUCGUUGCAAAGCGAAGCCGUUUACGCUCUCUGCCGAUCAAGUCAGCCCACAUAUGGAUCGUUAUAUCAUAUUGGGACGUGGUACAGGUCUAAAUAAUGCGGAUACAAAAUGCGAACUUGUCGUUUUAGAAUGGGGAAAAUUUAAGGCUUUCGCGUAUAUGUCGUCAAAGCGUGUGGGUUUCAACAAUAUAACACUUGUCUAUGAAGUGCUGGCUAAAGAUGUGCCGUUGGAGGAGUUACGUGCCAAUCUCAAAAAUCCAAUUACCGUACGGCCGAUGGUCGAUAUUGUGCGUGUCGAGUUUGGUGCCUUCAAUGCUGUCUAUCAAUUGGAGCAAUCACCCUUGCUAAAAGAAAUCCUUGAUCCCAUUGAAUUAUGCAAAAUAAAACCAUAUCCGAAAUGCAAUAUACAAUAUAAUGGUUGUGACCCGCUAAAUAAUCGUCAAAAGGAUGUUUUACUACGCACCUAUCGGCAUGCCAUCGAACCAACGCCGAAUAUCACCUUAAUACAAGGACCACCAGGCACGGGUAAGUCCUGUGUAAUUGCGAAUUUGGUGCAUCAAUUGCUGUACGGCAAUGAGGUGCGCAUACUCGAUCAGAAAGUAUUAGUUUGUGCGCAGAGCAAUGCAGCUGUUGAUGUUAUCGCUGAGAAGCUAUUCAAUAUGAGUCAAACAAAGUCACCGGAUAAGAUGUACCGUUUAAUACGUUUCGGCAUGUUGGAGCGCAUUAAUCCGAAAGUGCGGCAUGCUACUUUACCAAAGAUUAUUGAACGCAAUCAAAUCAGGAAACUGAGGGAGACCUGCAAAAAUCUGCAAAUUGACAAUAAAGUCGAUAUUAAGGAAUAUUUACGCAAUCAAAUCUUACAAAGCGAAGCCGACAUAGCGCACAUGAAAAUGAGUAACGUCAAAGACACGGUGCAGGAAGAGGUCUUACUCGAGAAACAGCGCCAAAUUCAAUUGAUGCGUAAUAUUGUGAAUGGUGUUUUGCGACCGGAGGAUGAGAAUAGCUUAUACAAGUGGCAUUUGAAGCAUGCGAAUAUUGUGUGUACAACGCUGUCCAGCUGCGUAAAACUAUCAAAAUUCGUAAAUUAUUUUGAUUGCUGCAUCAUUGACGAGGCGACACAAUGUACGGAACCAUGGACCUUAAUGCCGCUUAAAUUUGGUAUCAACACAUUGGUGCUUGUUGGCGAUACACAGCAACUGCCAGCUACGGUGCUCUCAAAGAAAGCAUCCGAUUUCGGUUUGGGCACAUCGCUCUUUACACGCAUUCAGCGUUGUAUCGAAUCCGUUACACUCAAAACCGUCGCAAAUGUCUCAAAUGCCGAUAAAGAGAACAAUAUUACCAGCGUAGAGAGUACGGAUAUUAUUUUUGGUCUACAAACACAGUAUCGCAUGCAUCCGGAAAUUUGUAAAUGGCCCAAUUCGUAUUUCUACAAAAAUGAGCUGAUCGAUGAUGCCAAAACGCAUCAAUUCAAAACACCGUUAAAACCCUUCUCCGUACUCAAUCUGUGCUAUACACAAAACGAUAACUGUCAUCGUGGUCAAAUUGCCAAUGAGCUGGAGGCAAAGUUUGUCGCACGUCUGGUAAAAACGCUAGACGGUUAUAUUCCUAUAAAAUACAAUACAUAUGGCGUGAUAACGCCUUAUGCACAACAGCGUGUGGCCUUAGAAAAGGCGCUGCGCACUGCUGGUUAUGCGAAUGUUAUGGUGAACACCAUUGACUCGUACCAGGGUAUGGAGCGCGAUGUUAUAAUUAUAUCGAAUGCGCGCACAACUGGCAUAGGGUUUUUGGCCAAUUAUCAGCGUUUGAAUGUGGCUUUGACGCGCCCAAGGAAGUGCCUUAUUCUAUGUGGAAACUUUAAAAACUUAGAGUCAGUGCCGGCUUGGCGCAGCCUUCUAACCUCGGCGCGUGAACGUAAGCUAUAUCAUGAGCUUAGCGCCAACUGCAUGGAUGAUAUGCAUAGAACAGUAAUACCGAAAAUAAAAAUGACUAAAGCAAUCAAUGCUACAACAGAAGCCACAGCAACAACUACAACAACCAAAGAAGUAACAACAGUCGCUACAACAACAAAACCAAGUCAAACAUAAAGAGGUUAUAGAGAAGUAUUAAGUCAAUUAAGGGAAUAGAGCUGUAAAGAGUCAUUAAUACGACAUUAAUUUUCAAUAAAAAAAAAAAAAUUAACGCAUCUGUAAAUUAUUUACAGAAGAAGAUUGGGUGUUAUACAUUCAUUUAAGCCAUAUAAUGCAUUGAAAGGUCAUUAAAUUGUUGGAUUUAUGCACAGGCAUAUGCUCGUGUGUGUAUGUAUGUUAUAAAAAAUUGCCUUGUUAUCUAAUAUAAAAUCACAAAAAUCAUAUCACGAAAUCACUAGAAAAAAUGAUACAAAAAUGAAAAAAAAAAUUUAUUGAUAUAUGUUAUUACUUCAAUGAAUGUGAUAAUGUAAUAUAAAUAUAGCAUAACUAAAAAUCAUUUUAAAUUUAAGUUGUCACUUUACAGCUCUGUCCUUAAAUGCCUUUGAAUUUUGUGUAUACUACAUACGCAAUUUACUCAUAAAUCAGUUCCAAAAUUAGUUAUAGAUUUUUUCUAUAUUAUACUUUUUUUCACAAUUUUUUUGCAAUAUUUGUCUCAUUUUUGCUAGUAAGGCAAAAAAAUAUGUUUAAUGUGAGUUAAUUACUUAAAAUUUGUUUAACAAAAGCGAAAUAACGCUAUUAUUAUAAGAUAGCUUAUGAUAAGAGAUUAGAGUUAAUAUAAAAAAAUAAAAAAUAUAUGUAUAUAAUGCACUUCCACAGCUAGCUGUGUUGGCUUAAAAAAUAAGAAAAAUAAUAAUUGUAAUUAAAAAGCGUUCUUUAAAGCACAUUUCUGUAUGUAUAUACAUAUAAAACAUACGCCUAAGUAUAUUAUUUAGUUUGUAUGCCAAGAAAUGUGUAAUAUAUUUUUAAGCAUCCUGCAGGAAUACUAUAAAUAAAUAAGUUUUUUUUUACUGGAUUUUAUUUGGUUUUUUCAUAAGAUAUACAUUUAUUAUUACACAAUACUCAGGUAUUCAUUAUUUUUUUACACACAAAGUUAUAAUUAAUUUUAAAUGACCACUGCUUCCAUUAAUUGCAAAUUUUUGCGUUGUCAAUCGUAAAUAUUUCAACGAAUUCUUUAUUUUUCAUAAAAAUAAAUGUUAAAUAAUUAAGAGUCAGUUGUUUUAAUGUCUUUCCGAAUGGUAAUAUAUAUAUAUAUUCCCAAAGUUUCUAGGUGUAACACGGAGCCUCGUAAUAUAUUAUUUUUAAAUUUUAAUGUUAAAGUACGGUUACAAAUAUAUAUAUUUUUUUACUUGCUGAAUACAAAGAUUAUUGAUUUGUUGAAUAAAAUGUGAAAUUUAAAACAUUCAAAAAGUUUUUGAAAAAAGAUUUGUUCGUUUCAAAAACAUUUCGCUUUUGUAUUGUAAUUCAUUACACUAUACAAAAUAUACUUUUAUUUCAGUAUAAUGGAGCAAACUAAUUUCUUCCAAGAGCUUGAGUCAUAAGUAAAAAAAAUGAAUUCUCCGAUUUUCGAAAAUCGAACUUCAAGUCGAAAUAUUUGUAUUCGAAGAUUGAAACAAAGACUUUUUAAAAAAAUUAUUAUUAAUUACUGGUUAUAAUUCCUAAAAAAACUCCGAAAUAAGGAAAUAAUCUACAUUUUCUUCUUAAUUUAACGGUAUAUAAAACUUUUUCUUCAAGCUCAUAUAAUAGAAGUUAGAAGUAUUUUUCGAUAUAUAAUUUUUUUUUAUUUUCGAAGAUCGAAAUGCUUUUAUAGCAACUGUCAUAUAACCGAAAUAUACCAUUGAAUUACGAGGAAAAUGUAGAUUAUACAAUAUUUUUCGAAAUAAUUUUUUUUUAUAUUUUCUUUCGAAGAUCAAACUUUGACCUUUUAUAGCAUCUGUCAUAUAAGCUUGACCGAAAAGUUUUAUAUACCCUUAAAUUACGAGAAAAAUGUAGAAUUUUAUUCGAUUUUUUUUGUAACUAUUUUCAGUAAAUAAUAUUUUUUAUAAAAAAUAAUUUCUUCGAACUUCGAAUACAAAUAUUGAGAUUGGUGGCUAACUUCGAAAUUCGAAGUAUACACUUUAUUUACUUAAGACACCAUCUCUCUGAAAAAAUUUUUUUGGUCUAAUACCAAGCCAAGUGUUUACAGUUUUCACUUCUUAAAAGUUCACAACAACAAAAACGUUACAUUUCAACUCCUGGAGUAAUGCAAAGUGAUUACUUUACAAAUACCGUUAAACCGACUCUCAAUUACUUAACACAUUUUUUUCGCUCAUUUCAUAAUAUUUCUCUUAAAAUAUACUUUCGAAAUUGUCUAAAGUGCCAUAGCAUUUGUUACUUACUCUUAAAGGUUUUUGGUUCAAAUAACAUCAAUUACAUGCACA